GGCGCAAGCUUUGACGGCAGGCGAAUGAUGGCGCAGAAGGCAACCCGUAAUCCAAGCAGCGGGGGCCUGUGGCGCCGAAACGCCGACAGCCGCAUCCCCAGCCACAGAGCCCGCUUACCAGGAACCAGGGCGCACUAAAGUCCCCGUGUCGUCAGAGCCCGGGGGAGCCCACGCCUUGCAACGCAGGGCUGCAAUCUCUUUCCGUCUUCGUCGAAGGGACCCCUCUCGCACAAUGCCCGCCCCAACAACACAUCGGCGCGCCAAUUCUCCGGCUCUUGUUCCAUAGGAUGUGACGAAAUCGAGUCUCGAGCAACAACACGCCAGCAGCAGCAGCUCCCUCUACGCUCCACUCUGCACGCAGUAUAGUUUGUUUUUUUGCGCAGGACCGCUUCGGUCGCCAUGCCACCAUCGAAAGCCGCCCGAGGCGGUCAGGAUGACUCCAAGACCGACACCCAAUCCACCAAGGAUAAGAACGGAAGCGGCGGCGGAACCAAGAUGCGGAGAGUUGCAAGCAACGCGGGCUCCAACCUGCGCGAGGUGACAAACGCAAAUGCCACAACCACCGCUGCUGCCGCGCCGGAUUCGACAGCCAACACACAGGAGGCCAGCACUCCAGGACUACAAUGGCCCGCUUUUGACAGGGACGUCCUCCAUGCCUACCGCCGAGCCUACCGCCUCAGGACGCCGACCGCCUUCGUCAGCGAUCACCACGAAUGGGUGCUGACUCAACCGGGUAGCAUUGGGCUCUACUCCCCCACGAUCGCGCGACGCAAAGAGCUCCGAAGACAAACCAAGGAUCAGUUGACCAAUGUAGUGCGAAAGCACUUCAACGGCAUGGGCAUCCAGGAGAACGAUAUCAUCGUCGACUUCCUUCACAAGGUGCGGAGCCAAGGGGUGAAAAAGGGAAGGCCACCACGGCGCGAGUAUAUACAUCUUGAAGGCGAGCGAUAAUUCAAAUCAGAAUACGCGCACGUCCAAUCAAUCUCUUUUACUGUCUACGGAGUAUAGAAUGGGUCCUCCCAUAUGGGCCGCAAAUUGUGUGUCC